AUGGAGCGCAAGCCCAUCUGGCUGGAUGAUGUGAACUGCACCAGCACUAAGGCUGCCCUCUCCGAGUGCAGGGCCAGACCAUGGGGAGAGAGUAACUGCGACCACCAAGAAGAUGCCAGUGUGGUGUGCCUGGGUCCCUCCCCACGGGCUCCCCUCCGUCUGUCAGAUGGCCCGCACCGCUGCGCCGGUAGGGUCGAGAUCUUCUACGAGAACCAGUGGGGAACAGUAUGCGAUGACCACUGGGACCUGGAGGAUGCUGGCGUGGUGUGCCGGCAGCUGGGCUGUGGCACGGCGCUGUCAGCCCACGGGGCCGGGCACUUUAGGGCAGGGUCUGGGCCCAUCUGGCUGGACGACGUCAACUGCACAGGGACGGAGGUCGCCCUGUCUUACUGCAGGACGAAGGGCUGGGGAAAGAACAACUGCCACCAUGGCGAAGAUGCCAGCGUGGUGUGCUCAGGUAAUGCCCAGCCCAGUCCUGCAGAGCUCCGCCUGAUGAACGGCCCGAACCACUGCUCUGGAAGAGUAGAGGUGAUGCACGACCAUCAGUGGGGAACCGUGUGCGAUGACGACUGGAGCUUCCCUGAUGCCAAUGUGGUGUGCCGGCAGCUGGGCUGCGGGACGGCGGUCUCAGCCUUCGGCGCAGCUCACUUUGGCCAGGGAUCGGGCCCCAUUUGGCUGGACAACGUUCAGUGCAGUGGGACCGAAGCUGCUCUGUCUGAAUGCCCGGCCAGACCUUGGGGUGUUAACAACUGCGACCAUGGAGAAGACGCCAGCGUCACGUGUACAGGCACAGCCACCAACACACCAGCUCGCCUCCGCCUGGAGAACGGCCCCAGCCGCUGCGCGGGGCGCGUGGAGGUGUUCUACCACCAUCAGUGGGGGACGGUGUGCGACCACGGCUGGAGCCUGGCUGAGGCAACGGUGGUCUGCCGGGAGCUGGGCUGCGGGACGGCUGUCUCGGCCCCGGGCUCGGCUCACUUUGGACAAGGGUCCGGCCGCAUCUGGCUGGAUAACGUGAACUGCACAGCGGGAGAAGCCACGCUCUCCGAAUGCCAGGCCAGGCCAUGGGGAUCCAACAGCUGUGACCACCAUCAAGAUGCUGGUGUGGUGUGCUCAGAUGCGGACACUUUGGGGCAGCACCCACUGCGGCUGGCAAAUGGCUCCAACAGAUGCCUGGGGAGAGUUGAGGUCUUUCACGAACAGAAGUGGGGGACCGUGUGCGAUGACACCUGGGAUCUCCACGAUGCCGCCGUCGUGUGCAGGCAGCUGGGCUGCGGGCUGGCACUGUCAGCACCGGGCUCAGCUCAUUUUGGGCCAGGGUCAGACCCCAUCUGGCUGGACGGCAUUCACUGUACAGGGACUGAGUCUGCCCUCACCGAGUGCGAGCUGAGCAACUGGGGAGAGCACAACUGUGGCCACAGCGAGGAUGCUGGUGUGGUGUGCUCAGGCACAAACCCCUUGCAGGUGCGGGUGAAAGAUGGUCCCGGUUCCUGCGCGGGGCAGGUGGAGGUGCUCUACAACGCUACCUGGCACAGGGUGUGCGGCAGCAGCUGGAGCUUGCUGGAAGCCGGGGUGGUCUGCAGGCAGCUGGGCUGUGGGCCAGCCCAGUCGGCGCCCGUCGGAGCCCAGCUCAGGCAGGGGGAUGACCAUGCCUUGCUGGAGGGGCUGAGCUGCCGGGGGACCGAGUCAUUGCUCCUGGAGUGCCAGCAGAGAGACAUGGGGCUGGGGCCGUGCAGGCAGGGCUUCACAGCCAGUGUGGUGUGCACAGAGCAGAAAGACCUUAUACAGUCCUGCUCGGUGCUGGCAGGCCUGCUCGGCAUGGGGGCAAUGCUCUGCGGGACCUUGUUGGUGCUGUACCUGUGGACGAGGUGUGGAAGACGGGCUGGACGCUCCCCGGGCGCAGCUGCUGACAGCCCAGGGAGGCUCCUUCGCCUGGUGGGUGGCCCUGGCAGCUGUGCUGGGCGGGUGGAGGUGUUCCACAAUGGGACGUGGGGAACAGUGUGCGACGACGGCUGGGGUUCCCCCGAGGGCCAGGUCGUGUGCCGGCAGCUGGGCUGCGGGACGGUGCUGUCGGUGGCACCAGGAACUCGGUACGGAGAAGGGACGGGACAGAUCUGGUUGGACGAGGUCAACUACUCCAGCAUCGCCGCCCUGGGCACCCUCCAGCUGCUCAACGGCCCCAACCGCUGCGCCGGGAGGGUGGAGGUGCUCCACAACCACAUGUGGGGGACAGUCUGUGACGACGGCUGGGACCUGGCGGAUGCGGCAGUGGUGUGCCGGCAGCUGGGCUGUGGCACGGCUCUGUCGGCCACCAGCGGGGCUCGCUUUGGGAGGGGCCACGAUCCCAUCUGGUUGGACGAGGUGAACUGCACCGGCACCGAGGACACCCUUUUCAACUGCAAGGCCAGAGCGUGGGGGGACAACAACUGCUUCCACGGGGAGGAUGCUGGAGUGAUAUGUUCAGCUUCGGGGAUGUCCGUCGCCAUUGAGCUCCGCCUGGCCAACGGUUCGACGCACUGCGAAGGCAGAGUGGAGGUCACCCACAACGGCACCUGGGCAGCCCUGUGUGAUGAGGGCUGGGGUCUGGCCGAGGCUCGAGUGGUGUGCAGGCAGCUGGGCUGCGGGAGAGCGCUGUCGGCACCCGGCGGGUCACGUUUUGGGCAAGGACCUGGGCAAACGUUGCCCAACAGCAUGAGCUGCCCGCUGCGCAGGGUCGAGGUCUUCCAUAACAAGCAGUGGGGCACCGUGUGCGAUGACAACUGGGACCUGCUGGAUGCCGAGGUUGUCUGCCGGCAGCUGGACUGCGGGCGAGCGCUGUCGGCCCCUGGGGCGGGUCAGUUCGGGCGCGGGGACAGCAUCAUCUGGAUGGAUGAGACAAACUGCACAGGGUUGGAGAGCACGCUGUCCGCCUGCCGGGCCCGGCCAUGGGGCGUCAAUAAUUGCUACCACGGGGAAGAUGCUGGCGUGGUUUGCUCAGACUCGAUCAUCCCCGAGCCGGCUCAUCUCCAGCUGGCAAAUGGCUCACACCGCUGCGCUGGCAGAGUCGAAGUGCUUCACCAGGAGGAGUGGGGAGCUGUUUGCGACCGUGGCUGGGAUAAGCAGGACGCCGAGGUCGUGUGCCGGCAGCUGGGCUGUGGGACGGCACUGCCGGCAUUGGAGGGGGUGGACUUCGGUGCCGGACCCCCACGCAUCUGGCUGGACAACGUGAAUUGCCAGGGGACGGAGCCAGCCCUUACAAAAUGCCAGGCAAGCCCGUGGGGAGAGAGCAGCUGCAGCCAUGGAAAGCAUGCCAGCGUGGUAUGCUCAGGCUCGGCUGUUUCCAGCUUUGCCCCGGUCCGGCUGGUGGAUGGCCCAGGUCGCUGCGCUGGGAGGGUUGAGGUGUUUCACAAUGAGAAAUGGGGGACAGUGUGCGAUGACAGCUGGGACUUCAUGGAUGCCAAAGUGGUGUGCCGGCAGCUGGACUGCGGGAUGGUGGUAUCGGCUCCGCAGCGGGCUCACUUCGGGCAGGGACAGGGACCCAUCUGGCUGGACAACGUGCGCUGCACGGGGACCGAGGCAGCCCUCUCCGAAUGCAGAGCCAAGAGCUGGGGUGUCCAUGGAUGCAAGCAUGAAGAAGAUGCCGGCGUGAUAUGCUCAGGAUCAGGCAUUUCCGACCUUGGAAACCUCCGCCUGGUGAAUGGCUCAGACCCGUGCUCCGGGAAAGUUGAAGUGUUUCAUGAUCAGCGCUGGGGGGGCAUCUGCACCGACGGAUGGGACCUGGCCGAAGCCCACGUGGUGUGUCGGCAGCUGGGCUGCGGGGUGGCGCGCUCAACCGUGGGGUCUACCUCGUCUGGGACAGGAGAUGGCCUGAUCUGGGUGGAUGCCGUGGAGUGCACCGGGACGGAGGGGGCCCUCUUCGAAUGCAAGGUCAAGUUCUGGGGUGCUGAGAGCUGCAAGUCGAGGGGGCACGCAGGCGUCUCGUGCUCUGCGGCCACAGACUUGGACCCGGGGAGCUCGGAAGCCCUGCGGUUGGUGAAUGGCCCGCACCGCUGCGCCGGGAGGGUGGAGGUCUUUCACAACCAGCAGUGGGGGACCAUCUGCGACGAUGGCUGGGACCUGAACGACGCGGCCGUGGUGUGCCGGCAGUUGGGCUGCGGGACGGCCGUGUCAGCCCCAGGCUCGGGAAUUGCCAGCAUCCCCAGGCUUCGCCUGGUGGGUGGUUUGAGCAAGUGCGCCGGGAGGGUCGAGGUGUUUUAUAACAACGAGUGGGGGACAGUCUGCGACGACAGCUGGGACAUGAGCGACGCGGCGGUGGUCUGCCGGCAGCUGGGCUGCGGGGUGGCCCUCUUGGCCCCCAGCUUGGCUCGGUUUGGGUGGGGAGCCGGUCCCAUCUGGCUGGACGAUGUGAGUUGCACAGGGGAGGAAAGUGACUUCUUUGAGUGCCGAGCCAAGAUGUGGGGCAUCCACAACUGCCACCACGGGGAGGACGCCGGCGUGGUGUGCGCAGGCAACUCCAGCUCAGUCGACCUGCGACUGGUGGACGGGCCACACCGCUGCGCUGGGAGGGUGGAGGUGCUCAACGCUGGGCAGUGGGGGACGGUCUGCGACGACGGCUGGGACCUGAACGACGCGGUGGUGGUGUGCAGGCAGCUGGGCUGUGGCAGAGCUGAGGCAGCCCCCGGCCGGGCUCGCUUUGGACAGGGGACGGGGCGCAUCUGGCUGGAUGACGUGGCCUGCUCUGGGAGUGAGGAUGCCCUUGCCCAGUGCCGAGCCCGUCCCUGGGGGCAGAGUAACUGCAACCAUGGAGAAGAUGCCAGCGUGGUGUGCUCAGAUUCUGGUGCAACCAAUGCAUCGACUGUCCGGCUUGUGGACGGCCCGCAUCGCUGCGCCGGGAGGGUGGAGGUCUUGCACAACCAGGAAUGGGGAACGGUCUGCGAUGACGGCUGGGAUAUGAAUGACGCGGCGGUGGUCUGCCAGCAGCUGGGCUGCGGGGUGGCCAUCGCAGCCCCGGCAGGGGCUUCCUUCGGGCGCGGGCUGGGUCCCAUCUGGCUGGCCAGGGUCAAGUGCUCCGGGGGGGAGAAUGCCCUUGUGGAGUGCCAGGCCAGUUCCUGGGGAGUCAACGGCUGCACCCACGAAGAGGAUGCUGGCGUGGUCUGCUCAGACCUGGCCAAGGCUGAGGUCCGCCUGGCAGAAGGACCGAAUCGCUGCUCUGGGAGGGUGGAGGUGCUCCAUGAAGGGCAGUGGGGGACGGUCUGCGACGACGGCUGGGACCUGAACGACGCGGCAGUGGUGUGCAGGCAGCUGGGUUGUGGCAGGGCUACGGCAGCCCCCGGCCGGGCUCGCUUUGGACACGGGAUGGGGCACAUCUGGCUGGAUGACGUGGCCUGCUCUGGGAGCGAGGAUGCCCUUGCCCAGUGCCAAGCCCGUCCCUGGGGCCGGAGUAACUGCCACCACGGAGAAGAUGCCGGCGUGGUGUGCUCAGAUGCCAAUGUCACAGAGGCGGCGCAGGUCCGCUUGGCCAACGGCCCGCACCGCUGUGCCGGGAGAGUGGAGGUGCUUCACCAACAGCGGUGGGGGACUGUCUGCGACGACAGCUGGGAUUUGAAGGAUGCCAAAGUGCUCUGCCGGCAGCUGGGCUGUGGGACAGCUGUGUCGGCCCCAGGCCAAGCUCACUUCGGGCAAGGGUUGGACCCCAUCUGGUUGGAUGACGUGGAGUGCACCGGCAUGGAGUCCACCUUCUUCCAGUGCAGCCUUAGCAGCUGGGGACUCCAUAACUGCAACCACGAGGAAGACGCGGGAGUCGUGUGCUCAGGCACAAACCCCUUGCAGGUGCGGGUGAAAGAUGGUCCCGGUUCCUGCGCGGGGCAGGUGGAGGUGCUCUACAACGCUACCUGGCACAGGGUGUGCAGCAGCGGCUGGAGCUUGCUGGAAGCCGGGGUGGUCUGCAGGCAGCUGGGCUGUGGGCCAGCCCAGUCGGCGCCCGUCGGAGCCCAGCUCAGGCAGGGGGAUGACCAUGCCUUGCUGGAGGGGCUGAGCUGCCGGGGGACCGAGUCAUUGCUCCUGGAGUGCCAGCAGAGAGACAUGGGGCUGGGGCCGUGCAGGCAGGGCUCGGCAGCUGGCGUGGUGUGCACAAAGCCGAAGGGCGCUUCACCGUCCUGCUCGGUGCUGAUAGCGCUGCUGGCUCUGGUGAUGCUGCUGAGCGGGGUUCUGCUCUGGCUCAACCUGAAGAGGAGGUGCAUGGCAGCAGCCCAGACUGGAGCCCGCUGGCACCCCAGAGACCAGAGUGCCUCAGCGACGUCCUUCCAGCCCAUGGGGGCCAUCUACGUCCCCACCAAGGCAGAAGCCUCCGAAGAUGCCGACACCGAGACGACGCAGCUCACGAAGGAAGACGCUGCCCCGUGA